AUGUACGUAAAUCUUUCGGAACAGGCCCAAAUCAGCAUCGAAGAACAAUACCUUGGAAAUGGCGCCUAUGGUGAUGAAAUCAAAGCCUCCGCGUCGUUUGACAAGACACUGUUUUCUCAAGAAGAAUUAAGGGUGCUCGAAUUUGUGGCCAAGCGCUAUGGCAAACUUGCAACCGACGAAAUUGUGCACGUCAGCCACGAGGAAACGGGCUGGUAUGCCAAUGCGGAGCAAAAGGCAUUAAUCGAUUAUCGCUACGCUUUCGAGCUCAACCAGGGAAUAAGCUGGUCGUAUGUUCCAAUUUUGGGGCAAAUACGAUCAUCUCGACCAGCCGGAAGUGCACGAAAAGAUCAUCGAGUUUACGGACGGGCGCCUGACCACCGUUUACUGGUACCUGCCGAAAAUGCAUUGCAGCUCGUGCAUCUGGUUGCUCGAACACCUCUACCGGCUCAAUCCGGCGGUUCGGAGUUCGGUAGUGAACUUUCCGGAGAAAAAGGUACGAAUCACAUUCGACGCGCAGGCAUUACACAUGAGCGAGCUCGCAGCAUUGCUGGCGCGCAUCGGGUACGAGCCCUAUUUGAGCAUGGACGAUUUGUCGGGUAA